AUGAACCGGAUUUUCGGACAGUCGAAACCAAAGCAGCCCCCUCCGAAUCUGUCUGAUGUCAUUGCUAACGUAGAUGGUAGGGUUGACUCCGUUGAUAAAAAAAUUGAGAAGCUUGAUGAGGAACUUAAAAAGUAUCAACAGCAAAUGCUGAAGAUGCGCGAGGGUCCAGCAAAAAACAAUAUAAAAAUGAAGGCACUGAGGAUCCUUAAACAAAAGAAGGUGUAUGAACAUCAAAAGGAACAACUUUCCAACCAAAGCUUCAAUAUUGAGCAGACCCACUUUGCUAUACAAACCGUACGUGACACAAAAACGACUGUAGAUGCUAUGAAAGUAGGUGCUAAGGAGUUGAAAAAAGAGAUGAAGCGUAUUGACUUGAAUAAUGUUGAGGAUCUCCAGGAUGACUUAGCUGACUUGCUUAAUUCAACUGACGAGCUACAAGACAUUCUCGGUCAAACCUACACAACACCAGAUGUUGACGAAGCUGAUCUGGAACAAGAAUUAAUGGGUCUGUGUGACGAGCUAGGCAGUGAUACAACCUAUUUGAGUGAAGAAUUUAACGCACCAUCUGUCCCGACAGGAAUCCCUGGGGAAAGUGUACCCACUCCAGCUACAGGCAGUUCGAAAAUAGCCUCAAAUGUCACACUGGAUGAAUUUGGUUUACCACAAAUUUCUUGA